ACACUAGAGGGCGAUCCCCGGCCCUGCUGCGGGCUGUAUAUAUACGGCACGCAGGACCGCGGCAGCCCAUUAGCAACAGGGCAGGCAGGCAGCGCGCAGAGCGGGGCUGGGCCGGGGACGGGCGCGCCGUGCCGAGCCGAGCCGAGCCGUGCAGAGCCGCGGUGCCGUUCACCGUCCAGGCAGGAUUGUUAGAACCGCCGCCGCUGCCGCCGCCGUCCCGUUCGAAAGCUGGAUUGCAGCAGCCCUUCACCAUGCCCGGCAGACUGUAGGUGCUUCAUGGAGCAAGCCAACUUCUACGAGGUCGAUUCCCGGCCCCCGAUGAGCAGCGGUCAGCACCACCAGCUCCAGACUCCCCUGCCCGGCAGCGCUUACAGCUACAGAGGGGCUCCCUCGGCGGCGGCACCUGCUGCGGGCGGCGCGGAGCUCGGCGACAUCUGCGAGAACGAGAACUCCAUCGACAUCAGCGCCUACAUCGACCCCGCCGCCUUCAACGACGAGUUCCUGGCCGACCUCUUCCAGCACAGCAAGCAGCAGGAGAAAGCCAAGGCCAUCCUGGCCGGGGAUUUCGACUUCCACACCAUGCAUGGGGCCGGCGCCGCCGCCUCGGCGCCGGGGCACCAGCAGCAGCACCACCAGCAGCCGCUCUUCGGCUGCGUGGCCGGCUACAUGGACGGCAAGCUCGAUCCCCUGUACGAGCGCAUCGCCGCGCCCGGCUUGCGGCCGCUGGUGAUCAAGCAGGAGCCCCGGGAGGAGGAGGAGGUGAAGUCGGCGGCCCUGUCGGCCCUCUACCCCCAUCACGCCCCGCAGCAGCACCCGUCCCACCUGCAGUACCAGAUCGCCCACUGCGCCCAGACCACCAUGCACCUCCAGCCAGGGCACCCCACGCCGCCCCCCACGCCCGUGCCCAGCCCGCACCACCCGCACCACCCGCACCCCCCCGGCGGCCUGCCCGCCGCCGGCGCCCUCAAGAUGAUGCCCGCGGACCACCGGAGCAAAUCGAAAAAGACAGUGGACAAGAACAGCAAUGAGUACCGGGUGCGCCGGGAGCGCAACAACAUCGCGGUGCGCAAGAGCCGGGACAAGGCCAAGCAGCGCAACGUGGAGACGCAGCAGAAGGUGCUGGAGCUCACCACCGACAACGAGCGGCUGCGCAAGCGGGUGGAGCAGCUCACCCGGGAGCUGGAGACUCUGCGGGGCAUCUUCAGGCAGCUGCCCGAGAGCUCGCUGGUGAAGGCCAUGGGCAGCUGCGCUUAGGGCCGCGCCGGGACCGGCCGGGCUGCCCUGCCCGCCCACAGAUACUUUACGUACCGGAGCGCGGCCGGCGCACUGUGCCGGGGGAAAGGGGGACGGGGUCUGUUUUGUUUUUUGUUUUGUUUCGUUUGUUUGUUUGGGGUUUUUUUAUCAGUUCACGACCUAUACAAGAAGCCAGGCAGCUCUAGUAUUACAAGGUUUGUGCCUUACGGAUGACACACGAGUAAGCUGAAAACAUGGUGGGUUUUCUAAGGAGAAGGGCAAGGGGAAGGAAGAAUUAAAAAGCCCACGUGUCUACACAGGGUAAAUAACAGUAAUAAUAAUAAUAAUAAUAAUAGUAAUAAAGUAUGCAUAGCAACCCAGAUGUGCCUUAAAAGCUAGCUGCAGGAGCUCUGGGGCUUUUUGUGCCCUCUAGCCUGGCAGGGCACAAGGAAAAAGGGUGAGGGACGUGCAGGCUUGAGGGUCGGGGUGUCUGGGGUGUCCUGCCAGGCCCCCUCAGCUGGCCUGCAGUUCAGCAGGCAGGAGCAGCUGUGGGGAUGCCAGCGACGAGAAGAGGACUUGAGGCUGAGAGAUAUGCAGCACUCGACACCCGUUUGGAGCACUGAGGUGUGGGGCAGCCGCUAGACUGCUGCCAGGACUGUCCCAGCCUGGCUGGGCUGCCUCUGCCAAGCCCUAUCCCCUACCUUGGCUGGGAGAGGGGCAAGGGGCCACCACCGCUGUGGGACCAAUGGACAGCCUGGGAGUGAUGGAGCAGCAGCUUGCGAGAGUGUGUGGUGAGCUCCCUCCAUCAAAGGAAAGAGCAGCAGUGUACUGUAUGUCACGACAUGGCGAAGCACAAAUGAAUAAAUACCUAUCGAUGCGGGUAUUUGCUAUGAACUUUCAGUGUAUUUUGCUUUAUUCCAGGACGUUUAGCUCCUGUCCAAGUCUCUGUCCGUCCAAGCUGUGCCUCAUGUAAUGUGAAAGCCUUUCCGUGUAUACUAGCUACACUUUAUUUUUAUUGCAUUACUUAGAUCUUUGCCAUCACACAACUUUAUCUGGUGACAGAGACUAUGCCCUUGUGCUGCAAUGUUAUUUUAUUAUUUGUGUGGGUGGGUGAGUGUGAGUGUGUGUUGCCUUCUUCACAUUGUCCUGUACUGAUUGCUGCUUCCUAAGCCCAAGGCAAGGGUGCCUGGAAGGGGGCACGGGCUGUGGGACUGCAGGGCCGCCUGCAGCAGGGCAAGGAGGCUUGUCCCUGGUGCUGCACCACCUUUGGACUCUGGAGCUUCUCCCAGGGUGAGAGAAAAAUAAACAAACAGUCUCCCUUCCAGGGUGUGCUGGUAGCCAUGCAGAGCGUUUCUUCCUCGUGUUGUAGCUGCACAGCAAUUUGUCCAACUGAAGUUAAGUCAUGACGAGAGAAUAAGGUGGAUGAAGCUGUUUGAAAGCAUGACAGAGCACAGUGCUGGCGGUGCGUGUAUGUGUGUGCAGUGUAUGUGUGUAUGGUAUGUAUACGUCUAUGUAUAUGCACACACAUUGGUGUUGUUUUUUUUUUAAUUUGGGGGGGAACCGCAUAUAAAGUUUGUCAGAAGUCCUGGUUACGUUCAUAAAUAAACAGUAUAUAUUCUACCAUAACCAUC